AUAGACCACAGACAUAGACAAUCAACAAACUCGAAAAAUGUCCGUCGCAGUCGUAGAUGAUACGUUUUUAUUUUAAUUUCAUAUUGUGUAACAAAUGUGGCAAGCAAUGUAAAAUACUUUAACAUUAUACUGCUAAAUUUUAUACCAAACCAAAAUGAUUGUUCAAGAGCCCUUACAGGUUAUUGUCUGGGAUUGCCUCAAUAAUUACGAAUAUGACAACGCUAUAUUUUUGGCUGAAAGAUUACACGCUGAAGUUGGUUCUGAGGAAACAGCCUUUCUACUUGGUACAUGUUACUAUAGAGCUGGAAGAGUUAAUGAGACACAACAUUUAUUACAAAAUAUAACGCUUACAUUACCGCAAUCCCGUUUUCUUCUAGCAAAAUGUUCUGUAGAUCUCAAAUCCUAUAAAGAUGCUGAAAUUGCACUUGGAACAAAUUUAGACAUUGUUGCUUCUGAGUUUGGGGAACAAGCACCAUAUGCAUUACAAUUGCUUGCUAAAAUCUAUAGCAUCACUGAAAGGAAAAGUAAAGCAGCUGAAGCACACCGGAAAGCUUUAUCCCUCAAUCCAUUUAUGUGGAAGUCCUUCGCUCAAUUAUGUAACAUGGGGGAGAAAAUAGAACCAAGCCAAGUGUUCCAUAUAAAUCCCGAGUUUUCAUUUGGCGUCUCCACAUUAGUGAAUCUAGUCAACAAUUCAGAAAAUAUAUCAAUUGCUAAUAGUAACAUUCCUAAUAAUAAUAGUAUUAACACUAAUGUUACACCAAAUAAUGUUUCCACACGCAUGUCAAUGACCAUAUCACCUAGUGUCACUCCGGAGCCACCGGCACCUGUUAAAAGUAAAAUGCAUAGCGUGUUCAGUGGUAUGGCUCCGAUACCAUUUUCACCAUCAUUUGAAAUGCUUCCAAUACAAUCACCUGUCUUGUAUACGCCCACCCUUACGGACUCAAAUGAACAAAAAGCUAUCCCAAAAAUUGUUAAUUCUUUAAGAGCUCAUGUAGGUCAACUUAAGGAUGCAGUAUUUAAUCCUGGACCAAGAUGUACUCUCGGCCCGGGUCCUAGAAGAUCAUCAAGACUUUUUAGCACUAAUAAUAGCAGUUAUUCGGUGAAGGAAAAUAAUAAAUCACCUAGCCGUAAGUUUGUAGCGCCCAAAAGUCCAUCAAGGAAAAAUAAACAGCGCACAGCUAAGAAUGUUAAAUCAAAUGUUGAAACAAAUGAAAGAAAUAAGAGUAUGGAAACUGCAACACCAACAAUCACACCAAAGAAUUCUAAUGUUGUAUCAUUGUUAAUUUUAUUAAAAGAGCUUGGAGAGGCGUACAAGUCACUAGCAUUUCUUGAUUGUAAAAAUGCCAUAAAGCAAUUUCAAGACAUCCCCCCGAAACAGUUAGCAUCCCCAUGGGUGCAAACAAUGAUAGCUAAAGCUCACUAUGAACUAGCUCAAUAUGAGCCUGCCGUAAAGAUCUUCACUGAAAUUCGUAAACUGUAUCCCAACCGGACAGAAGGUAUGGACAUAUUUAGUACCUGUUUAUGGCACUUGCAAAAGGAAGCUCAAUUGUCAGCAUUAGCACAAGAACUUGUAGAAUUAGAUAGAAAUAAUGCAAUUUCGUGGUUGGCUGCUGGUAACUGUUUCUCGUUACAUAAAGAGAGGGAAACUGCCCUUAAAUUUUUCAAAAGAGCAGUGCAAAUUAACCCUGAUGCUGCAUACGCUCAUGCCUUAUUGGGCCAUGAAUAUGCAGUUGCUGAAGAAACUGAUAAAGCACUAUCAAGCUUUAGGACUGCUGUUAGCAUUGACCCUCGCAAUUAUGUAGCAUGGUUUGGAAUUGCCACUGUUUAUGCUAGACAAGAGCGUUGGAAAGCAUCUGAAGUUCAUAUUCGUCGUGCGUUAGCGAUACAUCCCUAUUCUGGCGUUUUACGGUGUCAACUUGGUCUCGCACAGGCAGCAUUAGGCAAAAUGGACCGAGCCCUCGCAACGCUAGAAAGAGCUGUUGCACUUGACACAGAAAAUCCAUUAUGUAGAUUCCACAGAGCAUCUGUAUUAUUAAGAGCGGGAAGACCACAAGACGCAUUAGCUGAUCUCCAACAUUUAAAGGAUAUUGCACCCAGAGAAUCUCUAGUUUACUAUUUACUUGGAAAGGUUCAUAAUAAAUUAGGCAAUUCACAUUUAGCGCUUAUGCAUUUUAGCUGGGCGACUGAUUUAGAUCCUAAAGGAACAGGUGGACAUAUAAAGGAAGGAUUUGACCCUCUAAAACAAGAAGAUAGUUCUGAGAGAUCUUAAGUUGUCAUAACUGGUAAAAAAAAUAUAAUAAUCGAGCCUACAUCAAGGCUAUAGAUGUUGUAUUCAUGUUUGACUGAAUAUUGUAUAUAAGCACACACUGAUCAAUUUCCCAAAUGUAAUUAAAAUCUUCCAAAGUUUUUUGGAAAUUGGUUUGUGUGGAGGCAGUUAGUUGCUGUAGUAGUUAGGGUGUAUGUGGAUUUGUUUAUAUAGAGUAAGAUUUGGAUAUUCCUAAUAUUAGUUUAUCUGUAUAGCUGUAACACGAAAUAAUAAUUAUAUAAAUAUGGAAGAUAUGCUUGUUAAACACAAAGGGCCUUGAUCUCAAUGUGGUGUUUAUAAUUUGAAUGUAUUGUGUAAAAUAUAAAUCAUUUGACAUUGCAAUAUAUUUAAUUGCCAUGCUAAUCCGCGAGUGUUUCUACUUUCUACUUAUAACAUAAUUAUGAAAUUUUUGAAAUUAAAGACGACUAUUACUAUCAAUUGACAAUAACCGCUGGCGGUAUUCUCAUAGGUUAUUUAUAAUUAAAUAAAUCUCCCCUAAACUCUCGUACAUAACAUUAAUGGCUUGUAAUUUUUUGUAGUUUGACAAACUGUUAUUUUGCAACACUGUCAUAACUUGUAAUCUAACAUUAUUGGACACGCCAAGAUGUGUUAAUAGUAACCAUAAAGGGACAUAGAGAUCGAUAAAGCAUUGAACUGCGAGAAACAUUUAAAGUAUUUAUACGCCGCAAUGUUCAUUGAGCUAUUAGAUAUAUUAGUUUGUUAUGUACAGAAAUAAGUAGGUUUUUAGUGAAGUCAUUUUGUGUCGAUAUGAAUGUACGAAAAAAUUAAAUAAAGCACUAUUGUCUUGCAAAUCACAAUUCAACUGCUAGCUCUGUGAAAACAUGUCUAGACCACCUAUUAAUGUAUAAACGUAUAAAAAUCAUAUUAAAAUAAA